AUGCCUCGCGAUCCCCUCAUCGGCCUUGUAGGCAAACCUUCUAGUGGAAAAUCCACCACCUUGAACAGUCUGACUGAUGCAUCGUCCAAAGUUGGAAACUUCCCUUUCACCACAAUCGAUCCGCAACGAGCAAUCGGAUACCUCCAGAUAGAUUGCGCCUGCAAAAGAUUCAACCUCGCAGAUAAAUGCCGACCAAACUACGGCGGAUGCACCGAAGGACGAAGAUCGGUUCCAAUUGAACUUCUCGAUGUUGCCGGUUUAGUGCCCGGAGCGCACGAAGGAAAAGGUCUUGGGAAUAAGUUUUUGGAUGAUUUGCGGCAUGCUGAUGCUUUGAUUCAUGUUGUUGAUGUUAGUGGGACGACGGAUGCCGAAGGGAAGGAGACCCGAGGCUAUGAUCCGUCGCAAGAUAUUGUGUGGUUGAGAUCGGAGAUUGUGCGAUGGGUUCAGGGGAAUUUGAUGGAGAAAUGGGGCUCUAUCAAACGGAAGCAUCAAGCUACGAAGGCCAACCCAGUCGAAACAUUACAGGCCCAAUUCUCCGGUUACGGAAGUACCUCGCAAACAGUGGCUCGAUGUCUCGACCGACUGAAUCUAAGAGAACCUCUCGAAGAGUGGUCAAACGAGACAGUUGAAAAGGUGGUCAAUGCAUUUGUGGAUGAAAAGUUCCCCACGGUUUAUGCCUUGAAUAAAAUUGAUCAUCCAGAUGCAGAUAAGAAUAUAAGCAAAAUCGCCCGAAUGCAAGAUGCGAAUUCAAUCGUGCUCUGCUCAGCAAUAUCAGAAGUUUUUUUGCGAAGACUUGCGAAACAAAAAUACGUCAAAUAUGUCGAAGGAAGCGAAUUUGUUGAUACUCGAGAAGACCUCAUAGAAAUGGGUGAUCCCGAUGGAGGAGGCUUGAAAGAGAUGGAUGAGAAGCUGAAGCAACGUGUUGAGAAUCUCAAAGACAUGGUUCUAUAUCGAUUCGGAUCAACCGGCGUUGUGCAAUGCUUGUCACGGGCUGCAGAGGUUUUGGGACUCGUCCCAAUAUUUCCAGUGCGGAAUAUCCACACAUACGCCUCCGGAUCAGGAUCAAAUGCUGUAUUCCGUGAUUGCGUAUUGGUUAAAAAAAAUAGCACAGUCGGUGAUGUAGCACGGAAAGUCAUGGGUGAUGUCCCUAUAGCCUACGUUGAAGGAGCUGGGGGAGUACGCGUUUCCGAGGAUGAAGUCGUGGCAGUCGGAAAGCACGAUGUACUCUCGUUCCGAGUUGGCCGCUAA